GAGAGAGAGGGAGAGAGAGAAAGAGAGCGAGCGACUGCCUCCCUGGAAGCAGAGACAGCUCCCUUUCCGAUAGGAAUCUGGGACAGAUUUUGCCAACAGCCAGAAGCACAGGGCCCUUUGGUAAUAAAAUCGCCAAUGUAAUUUGACACUUCAACUUGCUCGGCUCUCGGCGAGUUGAUUCACUUAUUCUUCCACUAACGCGGAGCUCCUUUUCACUGUCGGCGGAGAGAAGGCGGUCUGGGUUGGCUUUUGGAAAGAGGAUUUUUUCCCCCCUCCUUUGGACAAAAACUCCCGAUUGAUUUUAAUUUUGAAAUAUAUAUAUAUACACACAUAAAGGAAAGGCACCUGAAACCUGCAGCAAGAGGGAAUAUUUGAUUGAAUCGCCUGCUUUGGAGGGAAUCAGCCCAGCUUUUGCUCAUUUGUGGGUCUUCCCCCCUUUCCUCCUCCUUCCUCCAGAAGGAAAGACGUUGUGUAUUGUGGAUACAGGCCUUGUUCUCGGCUUCCUUUCUCCUUUUUCUCCUGGUGUGUGAAGAGCUCCUGUAGGUUAACUGAUGGAGACUUCUUCAGAGAGUUGAAAGAAAGACUCUGAGGAAUUAACUGUGUGAGAUAACCUUCACUGUCAAGUUGUGCAUCUUAUCGGUAGCAUCAAGAGUGAGACUCAAUUCAGACCAGCAGCCUUUAUUCCUAAAUGCUGAAUCAGCUAAAGGAAAAUCUUGUUAUGUGAAGUUUCAAAGGAACUAGCCAUAAACUAUUCUUCGACAAGAGGUGGUUGUGGAACACUCAGCGUGAAAGAUUUUAAUGGCUUUCAGGUAGAAUCCAAGUGGAGACAAUCAAAAUGAAUUCUAUGGACAGGCACAUACAGCAGACCAACGAUCGGCUGCAGUGCAUAAAGCAGCACUUACAGAAUCCUGCCAACUUCCACAAUGCAGCUACAGAACUCCUGGACUGGUGUGGGGAUCCAAGAGCAUUUCAGAGGCCCUUUGAACAGAGUCUGAUGGGCUGUUUGACGGUUGUUAGCAGAGUGGCGGCACAGCAGGGCUUUGACCUGGACCUUGGAUACAGGCUGCUGGCGGUUUGUGCAGCCAACAGGGACAAGUUCACACCAAAAUCCGCUGCACUGCUCUCAUCGUGGUGUGAGGAGUUGGGACGGUUACUGCUGUUGCGCCACCAGAAAAGCCGCCAAAACGACCCUCCUGGCAAGCUCCCCAUGCAGCCACCCAUGAACUCGAUGAGCUCAAUGAAACCCUCCCUUUCACACAGGUGCAUAUGUGACGGCUGCCAUCUUGACAGACCCCAGAGAUUGAAACGGGGACCUCCAGAACUGAAAGCUGAUGGGUCUUUCUCUUAUGAUUCUGUUCCUUGGCAGCAAAACACCAAUCAGCCCCCAGGCUCCUUAUCAGUGGUCACUACAGUAUGGGGUGUGACUAAUACUUCCCAGAGCCAGGUCCUGGGAAAUCCCAUGGCUAAUGCUAACAAUCCUAUGAACCCAGCAGGAAAUCCCAUGGCUUCUGGGAUGACAACUAGUAAUCCUGGAAUGAAUUCACCUCAGUUUGCUGGGCAACAGCAGCAGUUCUCGGCCAAGGCCGGCUCCAAUCAGCCAUACAUACAGCAAGGCAUGUACGGACGGCCCAACUAUCCAGGGAGCGGAGGCUUUGGGGGAAGCUACCCUGGAGGCCCCAAUAACCCUGCUGGGAUGGGUAUCCCACCCCAUACCAGGCCGCCUGCUGAUUUCACUCAACCAGCUGCUGCCGCCGCUGCUGCUGCAGUUGCAGCAGCUGCUGCCACAGCCACAGCCACAGCCACAGCAACUGUUGCAGCCCUCCAGGAAACACAGAACAAGGAUAUGAAUCAGUAUGGACCGGUUUGUUCCUCUUUCCAGAUGGGUCCGACUCAAGCUUACAACAACCAGUUCAUGAACCAGCCUGGCCCUCGUGGCCCUUCCUCCAUGCCGGGCAGCAUGAACCCUGCAACUAUGGGAGCAGGCAUGACACCAUCCAACAUGAGUGGGCCACCGAUGGGCAUGAACCAGACCAGACCGCCUGGAAUGAGUCCUUUCAACCAUGGCCAAAGGAUGCCCCAGCAAGCCUACCCUGGCCCACGCCCCCAGUCUCUGCCCAUGCAAAGCAUGAAGAGACCAUAUCCCGGGGAGCCAAAUUAUGGAAACCAGCAGUAUGGACCAAAUAGCCAGUUUCCAUCCCAGCCUGGUCAGUAUCCAGCUCCCAAUCCUCCAAGACCCCUUACGUCUCCCAACUACCCUGGACAAAGAAUGCCAAACCAGCAAAACACAGGACAAUAUCCACCUCCAGCAGUCAACAUGGGACAAUAUUACAAACCAUCGAGGCCUGUUCCUGUGGCAAAUUACCCUCAUUCGCCUGUUCCAGGAAAUCCCACCCCACCCAUGACACCAGGGAGCAAUAUUCCUCCAUACCUGUCCCCAAAUCAGGAUGUCAAACCUCCAUUCCCUCCUGACAUUAAACCAAAUAUCAGUGCUUUACCACCACCUCCAACCAACCAUAAUGAUGAACUGCGGCUGACAUUUCCUGUGAGAGAUGGAGUUGUAUUAGAGCCCUUUCGGCUGGAGCACAACUUGGCGGUCAGCAACCACGUCUUUCACCUACGGCCCACCGUCCAUCAGACGCUAAUGUGGAGGUCAGACUUGGAACUCCAAUUCAAGUGCUAUCACCAUGAAGACAGACAGAUGAACACCAACUGGCCAGCAUCAGUCCAGGUCAGCGUCAACGCAACUCCACUUACCAUCGAACGAGGCGACAACAAGACAUCGCAUAAACCCCUGCACCUAAAACACGUCUGUCAGCCGGGAAGAAACACAAUUCAAAUUACCGUCACAGCAUGCUGUUGUUCGCAUUUGUUUGUGCUGCAGUUAGUACAUCGGCCAUCCGUGCGUUCAGUACUUCAGGGCUUACUAAAGAAACGUCUCCUUCCAGCUGAACACUGCAUCACUAAAAUCAAAAGGAAUUUUAGUAGUGUGGCAGCCUCCUCUGGCAACGCAACUCUCAAUGGUGAGGAUGGAGUGGAGCAGACCGCUAUCAAAGUGUCUCUGAAGUGUCCAAUCACAUUCCGCCGGAUCCAGCUUCCAGCAAGAGGCCAUGACUGCAAACAUGUACAGUGUUUUGAUCUGGAAUCCUACUUGCAGUUGAACUGUGAACGUGGGACGUGGAGGUGUCCUGUAUGCAAUAAAACAGCUUUGUUGGAAGGCCUGGAGGUUGACCAGUAUAUGUGGGGCAUUCUGAACGCUAUACAGAACUCUGAGUUUGAGGAAGUCACAAUUGACCCAACUUGCAGCUGGAGGCCUGUCCCAAUCAAGUCAGACAUUCACAUCAAAGACGAUCCAGAUGGCAUUCUUUCAAAGAGGUUUAAAACCAUGAGUCCUAGCCAGAUGAUCAUGCCGAACGUGAUGGAGAUGAUUGCAGCUUUGGGUCCAGGCCCAUCACCAUAUCCAUCAAUCCCACCUCCACCUGGCGGCACCAAUUCCAAUGAAUACAGCAACCAAGGUAACAAUUAUCAAGGUCACAGCAAUUUCGAUUUCCCCCAUGGGAAUCCUGGUGGAACAUCUAUGAAUGACUUCAUGCAUGCGCCGCAACUCUCACACCCUCCAGACAUGCCAGGUGGCAUGGCAGCCCUUGACAAGCCCCUAAGUCACCCCAUGCAAGACCCUAUCCCUCAUCCCGGCAGCACUGAUCAGUCCCAUAGUUCCAUGCAGCAAGGUUUGCACGUACCUCAUCCCAGCAGCCAGUCAGGGCAGCCAUUGCAUCACAGCGGUCCUCCUACCCAGCCGUCCCGGCAGCCACAGCAGGCCGCAGCUAGCAACCAUCCACACAAUGACCUGGCCUUUAACCCUUCCUCCGCCUUAGAAGGUCAGGCUGGUGGGCAGGGAGCAUCCGACAUGCCAGAGCCUUCGCUGGAUCUGCUUCCAGAACUCACAAAUCCAGAUGAGUUACUUUCAUACUUGGAUCCUCCUGACUUACCAAGCAAUAGCAAUGAUGACCUUCUCUCUCUCUUUGAGAACAACUGAAGCCUUCUGUAUUUUAUCCCUCACCUCUCUCACCUGUUUGACACAUUUGUAGCCUCACAGUGAGGAAUCCCAAGCCAACCUUUUCCACGAGGAGAAACUCACAACUUGAGCGAAUGGUGCACACUCCCUACUUUCUUCAUCUCAGAACUGCUUGAGUCAAGCUUUGUUCAUUGUAGCGGGGGAAAGGCAAGAGGACAAUAAGGCGGUGACCUCAGAGACUGACACUCCGCAUUGCAAACCAUUUGUGCAGCAGUGAAAGGCCUCACUUGUCCAAUUUGCAGAGAAAGAGAACAUAGUUUUGGUGUGCAUAUUGAGGCGCAUCCCAAGAGAAAUGUCUCACAAGAGAAGACAAGACAGCAGAACUACUCUAAAUGACCAGUUUCAGAAUGUCCUUCCAACUCGUGUUCUUCCAUGGUCCCUCCCUCCCCUUUUUUGCUGCAGAGUCUAUUCCAAUGUGUUCCUUCCCAGGUUGUGCAGGCCUUUUUUCUGUACAUUUCUGACACAAAGAAUAAGGACAAAAUUUGGCAGCACGUGCAGACUAGCCAAAUAAACUCAGAACCAUCAAACACAUACCAAAAAGCACAAAAAUUAAUACAGUUGUAAGUUGGAUAAAAAUUCAAAUUCAUAAAAAGGGGGCACCGGUUGUUUUUAACAGUGUAUUCUCCAUGGUAGAAGAGUUCUGUGAAUCUCCAGGCUGUGGCAAGCAUGGGGUUUUUUUUCUAAAUUGUAGCAGUCUUUUUUAUUAUUAUUACUAUUAUUAAUCUUGUUGGCAGAAUAAUUCCUUUCAUUUAACACAGAGUUUUGGACAAGUAGUUUUCUUCUGUCCUGCUCUUUUAUUUUGUCUUUUCUUAAAGGAAGUUGAUUUCAAAAUACCACUUUUUGUAAUAAUAUAGCCAGGCAUUUUUUUAAAAAAGAAAGGGUGGGUGGGAGCCAUAUUUGCAUAUGAAAUGGGGAAAAGAGAAUAACUACAAAAUGUCACCAAAUGUUUUCUGUUUUUGUAAUAUGUAAAGAGAAGACCAUUGCUCAAUUCCCAUCAAAAAAUGUGGCAAGGAUGUGAGAUAAUACCUCUCAUUUCGAGAUGAAGGAAAACGAGGAGAUGAAAACUGCCCACUCUUGUUUGCAGUAGUUGAUUUGAAAAAGGCAUUUGUAGUGGGAGGGACAUCUUACUUCUCCUCACCUUUGUUGUUGUUUUUCCAGGUUGUGUUAUGUGCUCAGCCUUUUCGUUUUCUUUUUCAAAGAGAAAUUUGGUUGUAUCAUCUAGCUGCCAGGACCAUCACCCUUUCUUUUUAAGAUGAUAUUUCCAAGGAUAAAGGGCACGGGAAGAAUAAGUCAGUUUGGUGCAGUAGUGUUGCAAGAUUCUUGUGCCACAAUGCUUCCGUCGUAUUUGUGCUUCUCAUGUGGUUGCUUCCCUCCUGCAUGAGCUUCCAGUUGCUUCUGGGCCCAUUUCUGUGCUCUCUGUCGUUCUCUGUUUAUAAAUUAUGUAUAGUAUCUCUGUGUUGAGACGUGCAUGUGUGCCAACUCUGCCCUUGUGGGCCAACAUUUCAUCUUCUGCCUACUGUGUACAGAUAUUGCUAAUUUUGUGAAUAGAGAAACCUUGAUUGCUUCCUUCCUUGUCCAGAAACAAAUCAAAUAUAACCAUAUUUGAUUUCAGCAGUAGGCCUUCAACUUUGUCCCAAAUGAACUCUUGCUUGUUGGUUUCAGUGUGUAAAGCCUGCCCACCGUAUCCUCCAUGAAUGGCGUGACAUGUGCAUUCCAUUCCGAAUUUCCUCUCUUCACCAAAGUCAUGCUUGUAAAUUCGUUGAACGCUUGUUCUUAGCAUCUUCCACCACUGCUGUAUAUGCAUCUUGUUUUUAUAUAUAUAUAGUCCACAGCACCUUGCUGUAGAUAUUACAGGAAAUGGCAGUUUUAGUUCCUGUUACUUUUCAGUAGGAGUGUUGAA